UGGGUGGAUAAUAGCUUCUAUCCGACUGCACUCUCACUAUACCUAUAUAUAUAAAGCCAUACAGGCUCAUCAUUACUAAGCUACACUUCACCGUCCAUUGGUCGGAAUAAACCAUUUGGAUGAUAAAAACUAUAAUUGAUGCUGGGAAGAUGAGCUGCAAUGGAUGCCGAAUUCUACGAAAGGGUUGCAGCGAGAAUUGCAUGCUACGUCAAUGUAUAGAGUGGAUAGAAGACCCUCAAGCUCAAUCUCACGCCACCGUCUUCGUUGCCAAGUUUUUUGGCCGCGCCAGCCUCCUCUCCUUCAUCAACGCCGUCUCUGAAAACCAAAGACCCGCUUUGUUUCAAUCUUUGCUGUUUGAGGCUGUGGGGAGGACUAUAAAUCCCGUGAACGGAGCAACGGGGCUUCUCUUAGCUGGGAACUGGAAGGUCUGCCAAGCUGCGGUAGAGACUGUGCUGAACGGCGGCGCAUUGGAGCCACUUCCAGAGUACAGUCGUCGUGCCGUUCACCACGUUAGACAAAAACGGCGGGACGAGGGCUAUUUCUCUAAGUACUCGACCAGAGAGAGGCGGCCAGCGGUAUUGGCUUUCAACGACGAUGACGAACGGCCUGAUCUUAAUCUUAGUUUGAAGGCAUCGUCGGAGUUGCGUAGAGAUGAUCAUGACAGAGCGGCGACGCCGUCGUCUGUCGAAGGCUCGGAAACAACGACGUUUUCAAGAAGUGGUUCGUCAUCGGCAGAUUGUACUACUAAUGAUUUACAGGGAACAAAGCUUCUUAGACUAUUCAUUUGAGGCUUGUGGGAUCGAAGCAAUCUUCAAUAAUGUGGUUCUUCAAUUUUACUAGAUUGAUCUUCUUUAACUUUUUUUUGAUACUUACAUCUUCUUUAACUUGGUGUAAUAAAAUUUCAAUGUGGUCUGGGAAUAAAUAUUAUAACCUCGAUCAGCUGAUUA